CUGUGUUUGUAUGACGCACCUUGUGGAACCUGUUGGUGAAUGACUGCUGGUGUAGUCGGACACAUUUCGAGGUUGAGCUCAUCCUACUUCCGCUUGUCACUUGACGGCCCCGCUGAACGACGGCGUCUCUCCAGCCCUUCAAACUCAGGAGCUGAGUUUUGUGACCAGGCAUCAUGACACUGUUUCACUUUGGGAACUGCUUCGCUCUGGCUUAUUUCCCUUACUUUAUAGCAUACAAGUGCAGUGGCCUUUCAGAGUACAAUGCCUUCUGGAGAUGUGUCCAGGCUGGAGCAACCUACCUGUUUGUCCAGCUCUGUAAGAUGCUGUUUCUCGCUACAUUUUUCCCCACGUGGGAAGGAGGAGCUGGAGUUUACGACUUUGUUGGAGAAUUUAUGAAGGCCACGGUGGACCUAGCCGACCUGUUGGGUCUCCAUCUUGUGAUGUCUCGUAAUGCUGGUAAAGGGGAGUACAAGAUCAUGGUGGCUGCCAUGGGCUGGGCAACCGCUGAACUUGUGAUGUCCAGGUGUCUUCCUCUUUGGGUUGGAGCCAGAGGGAUUGAGUUUGACUGGAAGUACAUCCAGAUGAGUUUUGACUCUAACAUUAGUUUGAUCCAUUACAUCGGCAUGGCAGCAGUUGUGUGGAUGUUCACACGAUAUGACCUUCCUAAGAGCUUCAGGCUUCCUGUUACUGUGCUGCUGACUCUCUGCGUCUACAAGUCCUUCUUAAUGGAGUUGUUCGUCCAUGUCUUCCUGUUGGGCAGUUGGACGGUGUUGUUGGUGAAAGCCGUGCUGACUGGUGGCAUCUCUCUCUGCUCACUGUUUCUCUUCGUCACUCUGGUCCACAGCAACUAAGCACAAACCAUUAGUCUGAGUUAAACCUGCAACAAUCCCUGUGGUCCAGACUGGACCUCGGUUGUCAUAAAUCUGCAGCUGAUUCCUGAUACCUUUUCAGUCUGAGUAUCACCAUACAACACCAAAGACUACUAAAAGUGCUUUUUUUUUAUUAAUCUGGACUGAUCUGAUGUUAAAACGAGGCUAAUCUACCAACUGGUAAGAAAACAACUUCUUCCAGUUAGUUUUAAUCGCCUGAACAGAUCAUUGAUUGUGGAGAUGCACUGAAGCUUCGUUUGCUCUCAGUCCUCCAGUUAAAGCUGCAGUUUGAGUGGUGACACCGGGAAACAUCUUAAUGUGAUUGGCUAAGAACUCUGUGUAGGUUUUGUUAAAAGUUGAAUUUCAUAAAUAUCUUUUUUUUUUUCUAUGUGUUAAUGGGAUAAUAAUGUGAAUUUUAAAAUGAAUGACCUGAUACUUGAUAGUUCAUUGUGUGCCCACCCAUUUAUCAAUUUAUUUAUAUUCUAGUCAAGUUAAAACUUAACGGUAGCAAGAUAUCUUUUUCACUUUUUUUUAAAUCAUUUGUAUUAAAGAUUUAACUAAAAAAACAUGCCGACUGUCAAGUCAUGUCAGCAUUCUGACCACAUGGUGAAUUUUAAGCAUCUGAGAUUUUGACAUUAAAAUAAUAACAACUCAA